AACAAAUAAAAAUCGCUCAAGGAUAUAUCCGUAAUUUCUGCACAUUCCAGGUGCUAUCUCCAUUCUCUAUACAUAUCUCCUCAUCAAAAGCGCGGGAACCGCGCACGUGCUACUCUCAAAAUCCAAUUCAACUGCAUUUGCGCGCCUUCCUCCCUCCAAAACGCUGUUUGUCCGAAAACCCUCUCUCUCCCUCUCUUUCCCUCCCUCUCUCACAGAGAUAGCUCCUCCAUGUCGAAUUUCCAGAUUCCUCUACAAACAGAUCUCAGAAACGCCAAUCACACCAGAUAAAUCUCUCCUUGCCAUUUCCUAAAAAGAAAAGAGAAGAAAACCCUAAUUCUCAUUCCGCUAUGGAAAAAACCCCCAAAUUUCCUGCACGUCGAUGCUGGCUCGCCAUAUAAACGAAACGCUAAUUUUCCCAGCGGCACCGCGAUCUGAAUUCCAAGCGGCUGUCGCGUUCUUCGGUAGGCCCCUUUUCCUACCGUACCACCAUGGUAGGUUGCCUCACCCGCCCCGAUCUCUCCAUCUCGAGCUCGACCGAGAUCGAGAAAGCAUGGCAUCUCCUUUCCAUCCUGUUGAGACUCGGCCGCCCCGCAAGGCCUGCGGAACUCGCUGCCCGGUGCGAGCUGUUCUGUGUGUCUUCCGAUCUGGUCGAGUUCCUCUGCUCGAUCCCCGAUUCGCCUCUGUUUCUGACCGGAGAUCUGUUCGUGACGGCUUCUAUGGAGGCAUUUUCAGUUUUCAGCGAGUUCGUAACCAGGGCAUUCACAUCAUUCGUGCCCAGGAUUAGGGUUAGGGUUUUGGGCUCGAUGAGGUUAUGGGAUGAUUCUGUUCGGACGUACUUUCGGAAGCGCAAGGGACUAAAAGUUGAUUCGGCUCUGUUGCCGACUGCGAAACGGAGAUUAUUAUCAAAUUCUGGGAACGAUGAAGACUGUCCCAAUGUGUUUUCUUUAGCAAACAAGAUCCGGACCACCUCUUCCAAGGUAUAUAGUAAUGUUGGUGAUGAUAUGAGCAGAGGCAUGGGUUUUCUGUCAGUCGACACGUCUGUCAUGGAAUAUUCAUUGAGGACUUUCAAGCAAGCGAUAAAAGUUCCUCCUUUACUUCUUGACUCUAAUGCUGUGUUAUCAAGUUGUCAAUUAGAGAAUAUUGAGUAUAUGAAAGGUGAAAAAGAAACUGAGAUGAAGUGCAAUAACAUGAUGGGCCUUAUUGUGCAUAGGGCAUUACCAGAAUCUGUACAUUUGACAAAUUUUCAACACAAUAUUUUUAACAUUGAAAUCGAGUUAAACAAUCAAAAUGCAAUGACAGAGCCAGAUGUCGAACGAGAUCCUAUAAGGUCGAUGCAAAAGCCAGUACUAUGUAAUGAAAUGCAUAGGGAUGAGGAUUGUUCCCAAAUGAAUGAUCGGGUGGAGAUCCAAAAUAAAAUGCUUUCAACUGCAGCAAUCUGCCUGGAAGAAAACCAGUACAUCGAUUCACCUGCAAGGGCAAAAGUUCAUGAUAGUCACAACCGCCAUGCAGCUAGGAGUGGAGUAGAGGAACAUGCAGGAACCUCUGGGAGAGCACAUUGUGGUAAAGGACAAGAUCUCCUUGAUGCCAGUACUUCUAGAGGAGAUCCAGAAAAUUUUAUUCCCCUUGAUAGUACUGUUCAAAUGGGCAAGCUUCUAAAAAAUGAUGUGACAGUACUGAACCGAAUGGAUUGCAACGAUAUGGUGACAACUUCACUCAGAGAGAAAAUAGCCGCAAAAGCGAGAUUCCCUGCUGGAGUAGAUACUGCUUUACCAGAGUCUCUCACUGCUUCAAAGCUGACAAGGAAAUCCAUUGAUAAACAGAAAACUUUGCAUAUGGACGCGUUAGGUGUUGGUUCCAGAGUCCUCUUGGAAGAUGAUAACAAGGUCAUUAACUCCCCUAAGCAACUGGAUCAAUACAAAAGAGAUGAGAAGUUCAUCAUCAAGAAACAUAAGUCAAAACGUAACCGUAAUCACAAUACGCCCACUAAAGAAAAAAGAGUAGAUUUUACAUGCAAAGAUCCUAAGAAUCAUUUGGAGCAGAAGUCACUACCAAACUUCGAAUCUUUCAUAAUAGAGGAAGAAGAAGGGUCAGGUGGUUAUGGCACUGUCUACAGAGCAAAAAGAAAGAAUGAUGGAAAGAUAUUCGCAGUAAAAUGUCCUCAUGCCAAUGCUCAUACACACCAUGUCAACAAUGAGAUGAAGAUGCUGGAGCGAUUUGGAGGUAGGAACUUUGUGAUAAAAUAUGAAGGCUCUUUCACUAGUGGUAACUCUGAAUGUUUUGUUCUGGAGCAUGUUGAGCAUGAUAGACCAGAGGUGUUGAAAAGAGAAAUAGAUAUACCUGAGCUCCAGUGGUAUGGUUACUGUAUGUUUAAAGCCCUUGCAAGUUUGCACAAGCACGGAAUAGUGCAUAGAGAUGUCAAGCCAGGGAACUUCCUCUUCUCUCGGAAACUUGGCAAAGGCUACCUCAUUGAUUUCAACCUAGCCAUGGAUCUCAAUCAGAAGUAUUGUGCAUGCAGCAAAUCGAAAACAAAUUGUAUUGGAAGCUUAGAUCAUAUUCCUCGUCCUAGUAUCAAAGAUGCCCCUUGUAGCAAUGAAGCUACAAAAUCCAUGCAUGGCAGGUUUCUGGAAUCUGUCGGUAAAGGGGCAUCAAAGGACUCUAAGUCACCUCUAGAAACCAAGAACAUUAAGAAGAAUCAUCUGAAGGCCUUCCCUGAAGGGGGUAGUAGAAAUUUAUACAGAAGCCAGGGUGCCGAUUGUUCAGGUGUAAACUCAGCGAAGGAUGCAACAAGCACUAGGACUCCUUCUGUGGAGAGGCUGAGGGAACCUGUGCCAUGUCAAGGCAGGAAGGAGCUGAUCAAUCUGGUGCAAGAGGCAUUGCAAAGUCCAAAUCAUGAGGCAGUGACUCUUCCGGUUUCUCAGCGAAAGAGGGUUGCUGCACCUCCAGGAAAAGUGGACAGAAAACUGGUCUAUCUUUCUCCUAUGCCCCUGCAUUCCAGUGGCAUCACCGUUGCAGGUGCUGGCCUAUUAAAGAAAAAAGGAGAAGGAAAACACAAGAGAGAAGGUCCUUGUGUUGGAACCAAGGGCUUUCGAGCUCCAGAGGUCUUGUUCAAAUCUCCAUAUCAGAGCCCCAAGGUUGAUAUUUGGUCAGCAGGGGUUACCUUACUUUACCUCAUGAUGGGAAGAACACCAUUUGUUGGAGAUCCCGAACAGAAUAUAAAAGACAUUGCGAAGCUUAGGGGAAGUGAAGAUCUAUGGGAAGUGGCGAAGCUGCACAACCGUGAAAACUCUUUCCCUCCGGAUUUGUUCGAUAUCCAAUCCCUACCAGCAAUGGAAUUGCGAGAGUGGUGUGAGCUGAAUACCAGGAGACCUGACUUUCAUGAGCUGAAUGUGAGGAGACCCGACUUUCAUGAGCUCUUAGAUCUUGUCAACAAGUGUUUGACGGUGAACCCGAGGCUGAGGAUCAGUGCGGAGGAAGCCCUACGGCACAAGUUCUUCACAAAUUGCCAUGAUGCCUUGAGGAAGCAGAGGUUGCUCAGACGGGCACUCAGCUCAGAGUCCGGAAGCCAGUCUUUGUAAGAGAUUCCAGGUCAUGCAGGUGGUAGGAGCUUUGAAAGAUGGCUAAUACUAGUUAUAAACUGGUAUGCUAGCCCCUCCCUCCCUCCUACUUGAGUAAUUUAUAUGAUGAGCGACGUGUGUUGCAGAGUUUAUUGGAUCAUCAGUCUGAUAGAUGCUGCCCAUUGUCCAGUAAUCCAGACCAUUGGCUUGUUGCAUCACGCCUUGGGUAAACUGUGCCCUGAUUGGCCCAUAUUGGAAGUUCCCAUUGACCAAUGUUCAUACAUUUCUCAGGUGAGUGUGGACCUUUGUUGUGGUUUCUCUUCUUAACUAUCUAUAGGAUGCAUAUUGAAAGGUUAAGAUGCCUUAUCUAGGAGACGCAAUGGAUUAAUGAUGUGGAUUACCGAGCCACAUCAUGGGGGUUUUGCAGGAGAUCCCGAGCAUUAUCAGGAUUGAGAACCAUGUAUAUGGUGCAAAGAUAUGGGUGAGGGAUCAUGUAAUUUCUCUUAUUACUAAGGCAAUUCCAUGGCUCAGAUGUAAAUCCUUAGUCAUCAGUAUUAGCUGCCAUUCAUUUCUUUCUUGUUCCAUGGUAUUCCCACACGUGUUGUAUCUUGUAAUAAUUAACUUGAGUUUAAUUUAACAAGGAAGUUUCGUCUUGGACGAUCA